AUGGUGCUUGCAAGGGGUUGCAUGCACGCGUCCAUGUGUGUUUGGCGGCGCGCGCCCUCCCUCUCUGAUGCUGCCGCAACACACGUUAUCGCCAUCCUGUGUGUGCGACGCACCCUGAAUCAUCGCUCACUGUCGCCUGACGAUCCGUUCGGUGAACGCUCGGCGUCGAGCGAUCCGUCGGAGGGCUUCUACUCGUCGUGGAGUGGCGUCGACCUCGACGCCUUCGCGAAUGCGGCUGCGAGCGAAGAGGUGCGUACUGCGCACUUCGGCCCCGAUUGGUCAAAGUUCACGACAGUUGGCCGGCUCUCUGUCAAGAAGAUGAAGGAGCAGGGUACGCUGGGAGCUGCGAAUGACGCUGCUGGUGUUACUCCUGGUUCCUCACACGGGAGCGAUCGAGGCACGAUGCCCCAGCCACUCACCAGGGAGGAGCUCCAUGCACGAGAGCUCCAGGCGCGCAAAAAAUCACUCGAGAAGAACUACAGCAGCUACGAAGAAUACGUGGUGAAGGAACUUGGCAUCGUCGGUGAUGACGGGGAUAACGAGGCGGCGGACACGUGUGUGAGCAAGCAGGAGGUGGGGAUGGUGGACAAGGAGGAGGAAGGGGAAGAUGACGAGGAGACUGUGCCCCUGCCACAGUUCAUGGCGACUUUAGAGGUGCAGCGCAACGCGAGCAGUGAUACGGUGCCGGGAUCAGAAACCGGCACGCUGCUCGCUCGGCGGCGGGAGACGUUGCAGGUGCCGGACCCGCUGAUGAGUGCGGUCCUCAGCGCACUGGGUGAACCACACGGCAACCCGCAGCUGCCCCGCACGGACCCUCUGCAUUGGAACACGGAGGAGAUUCUUUUGUGGGUGACGAAGAUGGAGCAGGUGCGUCACUCCCUUGUAUCUGCUGCUGCUGUAGCUGCUGUUGCCGUUGAUCAUGGUGGCAGUGGCGAGAAUGAGGAUGCAGCGGAUGAGGCGCCAGUCAUGCAGGAUCCGUCGAUGCAAGAGGCGUUCCACAUGGCAGGCACAAACGGAGAGUAUCUCCUGCACCACACUGUGCCGAAUACAUUGUUUCAGGUGAUGCGGCGGUGGUAUUUGCGACGCCAAGAAAUCGCGCUGUUGGUAAUGACGGAACAUCAGAAGAACCACAAGAGUGGUGUGAAUAGUUGCGGCGGCGGUGGUGGUGGCUGGGUUCCAGAUGAUGCCUUCGUCAGAACUGCUGUUGAGAAUGGCAGGGCGAAGCUUGAUGAAGCUGCAGCAAAGGUGACGCCGACGCUCAUCCGGGAAACCAUCUGCCAGUGUUAUCCCUACUGCCGCUGA